CUGAAGCCUGUUUUUGUCAAAGCCCCGAUUUUAGAUGUGCAAUUUUCCUUAACAGUAUUAAACCCCGGGCUGCUUGUUGGUCCGCUGCUACAAAACUCCAAAGGAGCGAGCGCCGCGAUAAUCAGUCGAUUUGUGGACGGCUCUAUGCCCGCAUACCCGGCGCUGAAAGUGUCAGUAGUUGAUGUGCGGGAUGCGGCACGGGCGCAUUUACUAGCGAUGAAGGAGCCGAGAAGUGAUGGCCAACGAAUCAUCGUCACCGCUCAAACACUAUCGUUUCGAAAAAUUGCAAAAAUUUUACGGCAGGAAUUUAGCGAACAAGGCUACAGUGUACCGCGGUUUAAAGCGCCUUAUGCGGCUUUAUGGCUAUACGCUCGAUUCGAUCCAGAAGCUCGACAGGCAUUACGAUUGUAUGGUCACGAGGAAAAAUUCGACAACUCAAAGGUAAGCUCGUCAAAACGAGGAGCGUUCAUUACAAGGUUUUUUUUUUCCAAAAACCAUAUUUUGUUCAAAUAGCC